AUGAAAAUUUCGGUUGUUUUACUGUUUGGUCUCGCAACCACAACUCUAGCAGCAUUCCCAUUUGAAGAAGAGAACACAGUAGGUGCAACUCCAACAUCUCUGCCAUGGUGGGCACAGAUACUUGGUGGUGGAUCAACCUCGAGUUCCUCAACGACUCAGUCUGAGACGCUGUCCAAAACACAAGCUCAAAGUCAAACUCAAACUCAAGUCGAGGCCAGUAUUACCUCGGACGUCUCAACUACAUCGUCAACUUCUACUCAACCGUGGUAUGCUGGAUUUUUCAAAACAACCACAGCCAGUACAGCCACACCUACAACCUCUUUGGCUGUAUCAAAUACACAACAGUCACAAGUUUCUGCAUCUGCGACGAGUACAAAAACAACAAGUUCCCAGAACUGGUUCCAAAGUGUUGCAAACGACUUUGGCCUUGGUAAAAGCUCGUCCGGUAGUACUGCUACUAACACACAAUCUGGUGGCUCAAGUGGCUCAACAUCUUCACUGGGUGACUCGGCGGACUCUACUGCUGAAACUACUGACGAGACCGAGUUGAAUGACGAUGGAAAUGGCGUGGCAAAUCCUUACAGUCCCACAAAUAUCACGUGCCCUGAUCAUGAUAUCGUGCGUGCAGCAGAUGGACUCUCGGAUAACGAAAAGGAAUAUGUAUUAUCCAAGCAAGCUCUUACCAAUGAGCACUUGAUUGACUUUUUGGCAAAUAGAGCCAACUUGAGUGAUUUCGAUGCCGCAUCUUUCAUUAACGACAAUGCCGACGAACACAACAUCACUAUUGGCUUGGCAUUCUCUGGUGGUGGUUAUAGAGCCAUGCUUGCUGGUGCAGGCUCUAUAUUGGCGCUUGACAACCGCUUUGAAGACUCCAACACAAACGGCCUUGGUGGUCUUUUGCAAUCUACAACAUACAUCUCCGGAUUAUCUGGAGGCUCGUGGCUCGUUGGAAGUUUGGUGCUCAACAAUUGGAUCUCGGUGCAAGAGAUUCUCAAUGGCUCGACUGAGAUAUGGCAAUUGGAGGAUUCACUUUUAAACCCAUCGAGCUUGAACCUUGCUUCUUUGGCUAAAUAUUAUACCGGUAUUGGCACUGCUAUAUUAUCAAAAAACAAAGCCGGCUUCCAAACUUCUGUUACUGAUGUUUGGGGAAGAGCUAUUAGUCAUCAAUUCUUUGAGAGUUCCAGUGGUGGCAGCAAUGUGACGUGGUCCAGUGUUCGUAAUUUCACCACUUUCAAAGACCAUAGUAUGCCGUAUUUCUUUGCAGUUGCCAACGGUAAAGUUACUGACGAAACUGUUAUUGAUCAAAACUCCACUUUUGUUGUGGAAAUUUCCGCAUAUGAAUUUGGAAAUUUUGACAACUCUUUGAAAGCUUUUGUUGACACUGAGUAUUUGGGCUCGAGUAUACAAGGUGGCGAUGCCGACCAAUGUGUGCGUAAUUUUGAUAAUGCGGGUUUCAUUAUGGGUACCUCAUCCUCGGUUUUCAAUCAGGUGCUUUUACACUUGGACGACUAUGAUACCAGUACUAUUAUCCAGCCCGUGUUGGAGAUGGUUUUCCAGGAUUUGAGCGAUGACAAAAACGAUGUUGCUGUUUACGAACCAAAUCCUUUUUACGAAUCGACAUAUGGAAGUAUCAAAAGUGUUGAAAAUAACCAUACGCUAAGCCUUGUUGAUGGAGGCGAAGAUGGACAAAACGUGCCAUUCUACCCCCUUAUUCAGAAAGAUCGUAAUGUUGAUGUUAUUUUUGCAUUUGACAAUAGUGCCGAUACUGAGCUCAAUUGGCCCAAUGGUACAUCCUUUGUUGAGACUUAUAAAUGGCAAUUUACCAAUCAAGGAAGGGGAACGCCUUUCCCCUUUGUUCCAGAUGUGGAUACUUUCCUCGAAGACAAUCUUGGCGAAAGACCAAUCUUUUUUGGAUGCAAUGCUUCUGACUUGUCACCUUUGGUGGAUUGGCAUGAUGAAGAUGACUUGAACACCACUGAUAUUCCUUUGAUUGUAUAUAUGUCGAAUAAUCAUCAAUCCUACUUGUCAAACUUUUCAACUUUCAAGCUUGCUUACGAUAAUGCCGAAAAGACUGGAACGAUUCAGAACGGAUACGAAGUUAUGACAAGUAAGAACUUGACUGAUGACAGUGACUGGGCUACUUGUGUUGGUUGUGCUAUUAUUAGAAGACAACAAGAGAGAUUAGGUAAGGAGCAAAGCGAUGAAUGUAAAAAAUGUUUCCGUGACUAUUGCUGGCAAGGAACUUUGGAUGACGGUCCAGAAAUUGAUGCUGAAGGAUUGCAAUCAAAUAAGAAAAAUAGCUCGUCUCAUUCAACUACCAGCAGUAGCUCAUCUUCGUCAUCAUUGGCCUCGAAUUCGACACGGACCCACUCAGAUGAGAGUACCUCUAGUGAUGGUGGCGCCGGCACAAUCAGUGUAAGCACAACCACGCAAAGAACCAAUGGUGCAACUGUUGCAGCACAAAGUGUGACUGGAUCCACAAGUGUAAGUUCAACAACUGCAACUGCAACUGCCGUUGCCACCAGCGAAUCUACCACAACGAGUGUAGCUUCCGUCAAUAAUGCCAAUUAUGCGUCAAGCAAUUCACUUCUCAACGUCAUUUUUGUUUGCCUAAUGAGCGCCAUUUACGUGGUUGCAUAA